CGUGCUUCUGAGGUGAUGAGAACCAUGCUAAGACUGAGUGAGACGAGAACAGACCCCACGUUCAGUGAAAGUGUCCACCUGUCUUUUACAGAAAUCAGCAGUGCUAUGCCCAAAGAUAAGGCAAUGAACCAGCAAUCUCUGGAUCAGUAUCUAAAGUGUCUUUCAGAAAAUUGUCAUAACUUUGUCACCCGUGUUGGAGACAGUGGAGGUGGCAUGUUCCAGAUCAAUUACUACAAAGCUAUCAGGGCUCUCAGUGUAUCUCUCAUUGAGAGUAUCGUCCUUGAGAGGUUUGGUUCCAAAGCCCUACGCAUGUUUAAGGUCAUCUUGGCGAAAAGACAUGUGGAACAGAAGCAGGUUGAGGAGCAUGCUAUGUUGCCUCCAAAAGAAGCCAAGGAGUUACUGUACAAAAUGUUUGCUGAGAAUUAUGUUUCUUUGACAGAGCUGUCAAAGACUCCAGAUCAUGCUCCAGCCAGAACAUUUUAUCUGUUCAAUGUCAACCUUAUCCAAGUGUCUCGCAUGAUUCUUGAGAAAUGUUACAAGGCCGUGGCAAACGUGAUGAUCAGGAGAGACAAGUGCAUCUCAGAAAACAAACGUCUUUUAGACAAGCAGGAGCGAGUGGAGGCCAUAAUUGCUUCUCUGGAUGCUGAAGGGGCAGUGGAGCAGAAGGAAGAAGUGGAGCAGAUGGUCACCCCCAGUGAACGAGCCCAGCUCAAGAAAGUCGGAGAUGCAUCAAAAACGCUGGAGCAGUCUGAAAUACACCUGGACCAUACAAUUUUCCUAUUGGAGACGUUCCUGAACUACACUUUGAAACCACCUCCACAAAAAGUGCCUGCACACUGAUACAUUUUCGUUGCUCCAUUUAGUUUUAGCUUUACUUUGUGUAUACAAAUUCUGUCACAUUUUCAUAUCUUUAUGAAGAUAUUAAAAAUGUUAACAGUUAACAAACAAA